AUGGCACCACCCGCUGGAGCAUCAGCUUCCAAGGCGCCGUCAAUGAGGGCAUUGACAGCGCGACUGAAGGCAGCUCAACUGUCCUUCAACGACAUUCAGCGGUUCACCGAGGCAUUUUCUGAUGCGAAUACUGUUACAGAGGUGGAAAUACGUAUUGCAAAACUGGAUGAGCUGUGGGAGAGCUACAGUGCUACCAUGGUGGAGAUCUUCGCUCACGAAGAAUACAACGAGGAAAAGACGUCGCUUGAGAAGGAACGUGCGGAAUUCAGCGAUCGAUAUUAUGAGAUCAAGUCCUUCCUAACGGACAAGAUCAAAUCGUUCCAGAAACCCCAGGUUCUGGAACAGCCGAACCGAGGUGGAAAUGGGGCUUCAGCAAUUGUCGAUCACGUACGUUUGCCGCAGAUCCAGCUGCAGACGUUCAACGGGGACAUCGACGAGUGGCUGAGUUUCCGCGACCUAUUCACAUCGCUCAUCCACUGGAAAGUGGAUCUACCGGAAGUGGAAAAACUUCAUUACUUGAAGGGCUGUCUUCAAGGAGAACCCAAGGCUCUCAUUGAUCCACUUCCAAUCACAAAGGCCAACUAUCAAGUGGCGUGGGAUUUGCUGUUGAAGCGCUACAAUAACAGCAAGCAGCUAAGGAAGCGGCAGGUACAAGCUCUCUUCAAGCUGCCCACACUCUCGAAGGAAUCAGGUGCAGACCUGCACACCCUGGUUGAAGGCUUUGAACGAAUCGUGCACACACUCGACCAGGUCGUCCAGCCGAACGAGUACAAGGAUCUUCUGUUUGUGAACAUCCUCACUGCACGAUUGGAUCCAGUUACGCGUAGGGGGUGGGAAGAGGUCUCAUCGGCGAAGCAGCAGGAUACAUUGGAGGAUUUAUUCGAGUUUCUGCGGCGUCGAAUCCAGGUUUUGGACAGCCUUCCGGCAAAAUCUACCGACACUAGGGGUGCCGGUCAAAUACAGCAGUACUCGAAGGCGAAGCAAUCAACGGUGAAGACCAGCUAUAGUUCUACCCAGGCGUCAAGGGGACGCUGCGUUGUUUGCUCAUCAGAUCAUUUUCUGUACCAGUGCAACGAGUUUCAUCGAAUGACGGUAUCGGACAGGGAUAGUCUACUUAAAACUCAUGGACUUUGUCGGAAUUGCUUCAGGACGGGGCACCAUGCCAAGGAAUGCCAAUCAAAAUACUCCUGUAAGAACUGCAAGGGUCGACACCAUACCCUAGUAUGUUUUAAGCAGGGGAAGGAGAAAGAACCCAAGGUGGCGGCAGUGGCUGGGGGCAACCAGCCAUCGGUACCCAAGAAUCAAAGAGAUUCAUCCAACACCCAAGUGGCCAACGUGGCAGCCACGGAAACUGUAGUGUCCGCUACAGCUCACCAACAUCUCAAACGGGUUCUUUUGGCAACAGCAGUUGUGAUGAUUGAAGAUGACAUCGGCAACCGAUUUCCUGCUCGUGCAUUACUGGACUCCGGAUCCGAAAGUAAUUUCAUUACAGAGCGGCUGAGUCAGCGGUUAAAAGUUCAUCGAGAUCGAGUGGAUAUUUCGGUGGCAGGAAUUGGUCAGGCGGCGACCAAGGUUCGGCAAAGGAUUCAAGCGGUACUUCAUUCACGAGUUUCGGAAUAUUCCCGUGAACUAGCCUUGUUGGUUCUUCCAAAGGUCACGGUGAAUCUUCCAACAACCACUAUCAAUACGGCUGCUUGGACACUGCCAAGCGGAAUUCAGUUGGCGGAUCCUACAUUCUUCGAAUCUAAUGGAGUGGAUAUUGUACUUGGCAUCGAGUACUUCUUCGACUUUUUCGAAACAGGAAAAAGGAUUUCUCUGGGGGAACAACUUCCAACCCUCAACCAGUCCGUGUUUGGCUGGGUUAUCAGCGGUGGCAUUUCGGUUCCAACAAGCUCUCUUCACAUUAGCUGCAACGUGUCCGCGUUGGAUGGCUUGGAUACUUUAAUCGCGCGUUUUUGGUCCUGCGAGGCGGUAGAGUCAGGUAAGGCUCAUUCACCAGAAGAGAAGCGUUGCGAGGAAUGGUUCUCAAAUACGGUUCAACGGGAUACGCAUGGUCGGUACACCGUUGCUCUACCGAUGAUGAAAGGCGCUGUGUCAAGGUUGGGUGAAUCAAGGGACAUUGCAUUUCGACGACUGCAAGGAACCGAAAGAAGGUUGGCCAGGGACUCAUCACUUCGAAAACAGUACGUCGCCUUUAUGGAAGAAUACCUCAAUCUCGGACAUAUGAAGAUGCUGGUUGAAGAUUCCCAAAGUUCGAUUCGAAGAUGCUAUUUACCCCAUCAUCCUGUGGUGAAAGAAGCUUCAACAACAACCAAGGUUCGCGUUGUUUUCGAUGCAUCCUGUAAAACGUCUUCUGGAGUUUCGCUUAAUGACGUACUACUGGUGGGGCCAAUAGUACAGGAUGAUCUUCGGUCCAUAAUUCUUCGAUGUCGGACCAAACAGAUCAUGCUGGUGUCAGAUGUGGAGAAAAUGUUCCGCCAAGUCAUCGUUCGUCCCGAAGACCGCCCUCUACAGUGCAUUCUCUGGCGAAAUUCACCAUCGGAAAGUGUCCUUACGUAUGAGCUGAAUACGGUAACGUACGGCACAAAACCCGCGCCGUUUUUGGCUACCAGGACGCUUCAACAACUCGCUGUGGAUGAGGAAGGGCGUUUUCCUCUUGCAGCACGUGCAACCAUGGACGACACCUACAUGGAUGACGUCAUCACCGGUGCGAAUGAUGUGGAAACAGCAACGCAGAUGCAGAUUCAACUGAAUGCGAUGCUGUCAAGAGGAGGUUUUCAACUUCGCAAAUGGGCAUCCAACUGUCCAGCAGCCCUAGCAGGUAUUCCUGAAGAAAAUUUGGCGAUUCGCACUUCGGAUGGGAUUAACUUGGACCCUGAUUCAGCAGUAAAAACCUUAGGGUUGACUUGGAUUCCUUCUUCGGACAUUCUAAGGUUCCAGUUCAUCAUUCCUUCGCUGGACAGCGAUACAGUUCUUACCAAACGCAGCGUGUUGUCAGUGAUAGCCACUUUAUUCGAUCCCUUAGGGCUUCUGGGAGCUGCUAUUACUACGGCAAAGAUAUUUAUGCAGCUUCUGUGGAUCAUACGCGACAAGAAUGAACAACCCUUAAACUGGGAUCAGCCGCUACCUCCGAUGGUGGGUGAGUCCUGGAGAAGGUUCCACGAGCAACUACCCAUGCUCAAUCAAGCACGAAUCGAAAGAUGCGUAAUAAUUCCGGAAUCGGUUGAUGUUGAACUCCAUUGUUUCUCCGACGCCUCGGAGAAGGCUUACGGUGCUUGUCUUUACGUCCGGAGCACUGAUGCAGACAGGAGGGUUAAGGUUCGACUACUUUCUUCCAAAUCGAAGGUGGCUCCGUUAAAAUGCCAGACAAUCCCUAGGCUGGAACUUUGCGGAGCGGUUUUGGCUGCACAAUUGUAUGAGAAGGUCCGAACGUCUAUAAAAACAUCAGCCAACGGUUACUUCUGGACGUAUUCCACUUGCGUUCUACGAUGGUUACAGGCUUACCCAACAACGUGGACCACGUUUGUCGCUAAUCGUACGGCAAAAAUUCAAUCUAUUACAGAAGGCUGUCGGUGGAGUCACGUGCCCGGAAUCCAAAAUCCGGCCGACCUUAUUUCCCGAGGCAUCGCCCUCAAGACAUCAUCGACAACCAAUUCUGGUGGCGAGGUCCCACCUGGUUGGAAGAGAGCUCGGACAAAUGGCCAAGAUCAUUAG